UUGUGCGGCUGACUGCGGCCGGUGCCCGGUGCCCGGUUUGGUCUUGGCGCCCGCCGAGACCCUUUCCUCGACCGAGAUGGCCCUGGUCACGGUGCAGCGUUCCCCCACUCCGAGCACCUCCUCCAGCCUCAGCCCUAGUCCCAGCGUUUCGGAAGUUGGAAGUGAUGGUGAUCCUAGAUUACAACAUAGGAGAUUUACAGCUACAUCUUCAAGUAAUGAUCAACCAUCUUCGUCCUGAAGACAGGAUAAAGCUGGCCGUACGUCUGGAAGGCAUGUCAGCUGAUCGAAUCCGUUAUAUGGUGAUUGUGUAUACAAAUGGACAUCAGGAUACAGAGGAGAAUAUUCUUCUGGGAAUUGAUUUUGCAAGCAAAGAAAGCAAUACUUGCACAAUAGGAAUGACCCUUCCUCUUUGGAGUGAUACAAAAAUUCACUUGGAUGGAGAUGGUGGGUUCAGUGUGAGUACAGCAGACCGUAUUCUUAUCUUCAAGCCAGUCUCUGUACAAGCCAUGUGGUCAGCACUACAGGUUCUUCACAAAUCCUGUGAAAUAGCUGGUAGGUACAAUUAUUAUCCAUCAGGAAUUGCUUUGACUUGGGCCAGUUACUAUGAGAGCUGCAUAAACUCGGAGCAGAGUUGUAUUAAUGAAUGGAAUACAAUGCAAGAUCUGCAGUCCAUGCGGGCUGAUUCACCCCUGAUGUUUAUUGAUAAACCAACGGAGAGUGAACCAACAGAACAAUUAAUAACAAACAAGUUAAGAUGCAUAAUGAUGACCAAAGAUUUGGAAAAUGUCACUUCUAAAGAAAUUCGGAAUGAGUUAGAACAACAAAUGAAUUGCAACCUGAAAGAAUACAAAGGGUUUAUUGAUAAUGAAAUGCUCAUCAUUUUAGGACAAAUGGAUAAAGCUUCUCUAAUAUUUAAUCAUCUUUAUUUGGGUUCGGAGUGGAAUGCUUCAGAUUUGGAGGAGCUUCAGGCUACUGGUGUUGGGUACAUCUUAAAUGUAACCAGAGAAGUAGACAACUUCUUUCCUGGAUUGUUCUGUUACCACAAUAUACGGGUAUUUGACGAGGACUCUACAGACUUACUGGCAUAUUGGAGUGACACGUAUCACUUCAUAACAAAAGCCAAGAACAGCCGGUCCAAGUGUCUGGUGCACUGCAAAAUGGGUGUCAGUCGGUCUGCAUCAACUGUCAUUGCAUAUGCAAUGAAGGAAUACAGGUGGUCACUUGAAAAGGCCUACAGAUAUGUGAAAGAGAAACGGAGUAUCACGCAGCCAAAUGCAGGGUUCAUGAAGCAGCUUGCAGAAUAUGAAGGCAUUUUAGAUGCUAGUAAACAUCGACAUAAUAGAUUAUGGCGGCGUAAUUCUGAAAGCAACUUGGAGGAAACUAUGAGAGAUCCAUGGUUCAAGAGCACCAGAAUAUCUACUCACUGUGAUUUGAGCAGUGUUAAUAAGGGAAAUCGUCACAGAUAUGGAAAGCAGGAAAAAAAUGGCAUUGAGCCACCUCAGAAUUCAAUAGAAGCUAACAAAAAUAAAAGUGAACCAAAUAAUUCAAAUUGCUUCUUAAGAUGUCAUUUGGAUCCCAUUGUAGACAAUGCCUAUGUUAAACAGCAGAGGAAACUGGAUCAAAUCCAAGUUGAGGUGAGAAGAGAUGGAAAUCGAAUGAACAUAGAUUUCAUUCACACAGAUAGUUUCUGUGAAACUGAGGAACUUCUGUCAUCUGAGUUUCAGGACCCUUACAACUGUGAAAGUCAGCAAGGAGGUUCUUUCUUAAUGUUUACAGCAGUAGAAGAGUCAGAAGAAGAAAAUGAAAAUGCCCUGGGCUUCAGUGUGUACACUGAAGGUGAUCGUAUAGCACUUAAUGAACCUAAUAGAGAAAGUAACCUGGAGACUCAUUCAAAUUUAACAAACGUACAGGAGCCAGACAUGACAGUAACUGUUGAAAAUCAUCUUGAUAAAGACAAUGCUAACAAUAACAACAAUACUGCAAGAACGUUUUUGGAAGGGGAUGAAGUAAGUGCGCAUAAUAAAAGGAUGAUAACCCGUUUCGUACUCCACCACCUUCUUCACUCACUGCGUACUAUUUGGCCAUUACUGCACAUACAACUCUUGAGUAAUGGCCAUAAAGGACUUGUAAUAAUACAGGGUGAUUCAGGUGUAACUUGAUCAGGACUGCAGGUUGGGAACCACUGAACU